GGAGGGAAUAGGAUUGAUAGUAACUCUACGAAAUGAAAGUUGAUAUACCUUGACCUUGAGCUGAGGCCCACCUAUGGUAUGAAACAAAAACCUUGGACCUGAGCUGAGGCCCUUCUAUGAUGUGAAACAAAACCUUGGACUUGAGCUGAUGCCCUCAUAUGGUAUGAAACAAAACCUCUGAUCGACUUCUGGUCAACGUUUGAUGGACUUCUGGUCGACUUCUCGUCAACUUCUGGUGGACUUUUGGUCAACUCCUGGUCCACUUCAGUUCAAAUUAUGGUCUAUUUCUGGUCAACUUCUGGUCGACUUCUGGUCAAAUUAUGGUCGACUUCUAUUCAACGUUUGGUCAACUUCUAUUCAACGUUUGGUCAACUUCUGGUCAACUUCUGGUCGACUUCUAUUCGAAUUCCGGGCCACUUCUGAUCAACUUCUUGUCGACUUCAGGUCGACUGCUCUUAGACUUCUGGUUGACCUUUGGUCGACUUUUGGUCGACUUGUGGUUGAAUUCUGUUCGAUUCUGGUCGACUUCUGGUCGACUUCUGGGCUACAAUAUCAGAAACAUUAUAAAAGUAAUAAAGACAGUUCAAAAAAGUAUGAUCAACAUAUUUUCAUAACUCUUUCCCCAUAUACGCCUCGACCCUCUCUCACAUUACAUCCAUACUAUCUCUCACAUUACAUCCAUACUAUCUCUCACAUUACAUCCAUACUAUCUCUCACAUUACAUC